AAAAUCACCAUAACUUCAGUUGAAAGACAAGUUGGAAAAAAGAACGUUUCUUGUAAUUAUUUAUCUUUUUAUAAAUAAAACAUGAAUUCCUUAACAUGUAUUAUACUUUUAUUCGGAUUAUUCGCUGUUGGUAAUGGACAAUACGUUGGUCGCAGAAGACGCCCGCCUCCUCUUCCGGAAAUAUGUUCAAGACUUUUCUGUCCAAUGGCGGACUGUAUAAACCCAGUAACACCCGAAGGCGAAUGCUGUCCCGUCUGCCGAGGUCCAAAACCUGGCAGGUGUCCACGCAUAAACAGAAAUACAGCUGGAAUAUGUGCAUCUUUAUGUACAGAUGACUCAAACUGUCCAGGCAACCAGAAGUGUUGUAGUACCGGAUGUGGACACUCGUGUAUGCCACCCAGAGGAGGAUGUAGUCGUGGUGUCAUGUGUCCUCAAUUACGAUGUGCUAAUCAGUAUACACCACCCGGAGGAUGUUGUCCCGUUUGUAAACCAGUAGGACCAAUAAAACCUGACUGCAGUACAACUCCAUGUACGAUGCAAUUCUGCGAAGGUCAGUACAUUCCUGACGGACAAUGCUGCCCAGUAUGUCCAAACACCGCAUACUAACAAACGAAUUUGAAAAUCAUGUUUGAACUGUGUCAUGAUUGUCUCGCGUCAUAUCCAACUUUUACUUUUUUUAAUAAUCAGAAUUAAAGGCGUUCAUAAAAAAAAUUGUAUCUUUGUUUUUCAAAUUUACACUGGCAAUUUUGUUAAGAAUUUAUAAGUGAAAUAUUUCAGCAGAAUAAUUUUUAAAGGAUUUCAAUUAUUCUGUAUUAAAUAUCAGACCAAUUCAUUAUUGGAAGCCUCUUUUAAAGCAAAAGCAGAUUUUUUUAUCCUAAAUGUGCUUAUAUUUGGCAUGCAUGGCAUGUUUAAAAUUUGUUAAAUAUGCUACACAAUGUGUUUCUUCUAUAUCCUGUAUCAUGAAACUGUUUAAGAACCAAUCAAAAGCAGAAUUCUACAAGUAUAAGCGUAUUUUGUUCAAUAAAAAUGGUUAAUUCGA